AUGACUUCUAAUGCUGCGACUACACCGUCUGUGGAAUCAACCGCCACCGAUAUACAUAAACAAAAUUCAGAUGAUGUUGGUUGGGAAUAUGGUUUUAUCCCGGAUAAAAGCAACUUGGAUAGAUUAAAAUGUAAAUUUUGUGGAAAAGUGUUUGGCGGAGGGAUUACUAGAAUGAAAGAACAUAUUUCUCAUGUGAAGGGGAAUGUAUCUUCAUGUCCAAGUUCUACAAAAGAUGAUCAAUUGAAAUGUCGAAAUUCUAUUAAAGAAGGGAAGUUAAAAUAG